AUGAGCAAGGCGGACAUUGACUGCAUCAAGGCCGAUGAUCUUGUGUGGCGGUGCAAUGACUGUAAUACCGACAGAAGGAAAAGUAUGCGAUUUGAGGCUGAGGCUGGUGAAAAAAAUAGGCAGCUGAAAAAUAAAGUGCAGAAGCUGGAGGAAAGACUUGAAGACAUGGAACAGUAUUCGAGAGGUAAUUGCUUGGAAAUACACGGGAUUCCACAGGAGCCAAAUGAGGACGUGCUCACCGUUGUCAAGGACGUGGGUAAGGCGUUAGAUAUUGAUGUUUCUGACAGUAUGAUUGACACCUGCCACAGACUGGGUAAGAGGGAGAACAAGGGGAAAAACUAUCACGCAGGUAUCAUUGUCAAGUUCGUGCGUCGUAUGGAUAAAGAAGAGUUUCUGAGAAAACGUCGAGUGAAGCGUAACUUGAACUUGAGCCACAUCAACAAGCCCGGAGGUGAGGUCAUCUACGUGAAUGAGUCGUUAUCUCCCGAGCGUCGCAGACUCCUAGCCCUGGCGAAGGCGGCGAAACGGGAGAAGGGCUACACGUUCUUGUGGAUAAGAAACGGCAAAAUAUUCCUCAGAAAAGAAGAGGAGGCACCAGUGAUCGUUGUAACCAGGCAAGAACAUUUAUCUAAGUUAUGA